AUGUAUAAGUGGGAUGGAGCAUCUAAUAAUCAAAGUGAUGUGAAAUCAAAUACCAAAUCCAGGAGCUGUAAAAGUAUCGAUGAGGAUGACAGUACCAGCAUUCACAGAUCAGGAAUGCUUUCUACUAGCCAAAUGUUGCAUUAUAGAACAUCAUCUGCUCACCGCCUUGUUGAUCAACAACAGUUAUUAUCACCCAGCAACUCUUUAACGUCCCUUCAUACAACUUGUUCAAAGAGAAGCUUUACUGACAGAAAGGAAACUAAACAUUUGAGAAUUGGACAAAAUCGGAUUCAGCCCAGUGAAGAUGAUUACAAAAUUCAGAUGAUUACAAAACCAGUCCGUUCCUCUUUCUGUUCUGUUGGGAAGAAUGUUUGUAAUCGAUCCAGGGAAGAUUUGAGAGUAUCAUUUUCAGAUGAAAUUCCGAUUGAAAACAGUAAGCUAAGCAGUAGAAGUAUCCUUGAAGACGACAGUGCCAGCUGUCUCAAAUCAAGAAUGCCUUCCACCAGCCAAAUGCCACACCAAGAAAUAUCAACUUGUGAUCAACAAAAUAGAGAAUCAGCCAGCUUUACUGAGCACAUCAAUACAGAAAUUAUGGGGAAUAAGAAUUCAGAAACACAAUCAAAAUUUAGCAGAGCCAAUAUGGAAAAUAUUGACUAUAGAUUAGAAGCAAGAAAGACAACCAGUUCAAAUUCUUUGCAGCCAAGUUAUAAUGGAAAGGUAACUAACACGGUUUAUUGA